UCUCUCUCUCUCUCUCUCUCUCUCUCUCUCUCAGAUACUGGGGUUGAGGUGGUAGACAGGAAGCCAUUUCUUACUUAGCCAUCCUUGACUAAGACACACAAAUGCCCCGAGCCCACACCUCAAAACCACGUAUAAAAAUUCUAGUUGUUGCUUUAGUUGUUCCUGUUAAUCUAGCCCUGCCACUCUGAGAACUUUCUGCCAAUAUGCAAAUAUAAUUGCUAAGAGAUUAGCUAUUAAAGGGAACCAGCAGGCACAGCUGUUAUAUUGUAAGUUAAAAGUGCUUCAUGCUUCUUGUGAGAGGGUUCCGCAAAUUAAUUCUGUUUCUGCUGAAAGUUUCCAUUAAAGCUAGACUAUUGAUGUUGAGAGUGAGAUCUAGGUUGAGAUCUUCAGCACGAUCCAGAGGACAAACUAAGGGUCUUCUACCAGGGUGCAGAAUGACCAGACGGAGUGAUGGAGGUAAUGAUGUGUAAUCCAAGCAAAUAAAUAACUAUUUGAGAAUGAUACUCCCAGCCCGGGAGAGUUUGAGGAAACCUAGAAGUGGUUGGAAAAAGGAACACAUUUUAAGAAUGAGUCUUGAAGUGAAGCCUACACCAGCCUGCAUGGUGGGACCACAAAUCCCCACCAAAGGUCACAAAAUGAACCAGAACAACAGGAAGUUUAAAGUUUUUGUAAACGUACUCUUCUGUCCUCUCUUCCCAUCGGUCACUUCCUGUUUCUGUGUUUCAAAACACCUCAGCUCUGACCAUUCGCUCAGCUCAGACAACACAGAGGGAAGCAAAGGAAGAGCAGGAUGACCUUCACUAUCCACCCACAUCUCUCGCUAAGGGAACCGAAAGUGCCUCAACGUCCUGUGGGAUCCCCCCGUCAGAUCAGAUCAGAUAGACCAGGUCCUGUACUCUCUGGUCCACUCUCCAAGACCCAAUGCUGUCCCUGGGGACCCUGACCCGACCUCAGAGUGGUACAGCAUACUUAAUGCAGAUGAUAAGUAAUGUAGUUUGUAACAUUGUAGUGCUAUGAAUGGAUCCUGGUCAAAUCUUGAAAUGCACAAGCCUAACCCGAGUUUAAAAAACGUAGGAUACGCAUUUAACUCUAUGGGUUUUAUAUCUACAUGCUAUUGUAUGAUUCAUUGGCCAUUUUGGGUGACCAGGUAAUAACAUUCUGGCAACCACCACAACUACCAAAAUCUGAUAGGAGUAGGAUUGGUGUGUGAAAGGCAGUGACAGCCUGAACUGCUGUAUAUGCCUCCCCUGAAUGAAAAAAAAGUUGGCCGGCACGCAGUUGAAUCUACACCACCUGCUCAUUGCCUGAAUGUACUGCAUAUGUGAGGGGAGGUCUUCAAGGAGAGCUCAACCUACUCCACCUGUACAUUGGUUUGUAUGGUAGAUAGCUCCCUCUAUAGGCUACAUACAGCUAUUGCAUGCAUAUCCACUAAUAGGCUGAUAUGGUUACAAGGGCACCUGCUGAUGUGAUACACGUGUCCUCCACUGAGACUGAAAGAAAAGUAGCCCUGAAUGCUGAAAUCUGUUUGAAUUGGUGGGGGGCUAGAAAAUGUGAAAUUCAGAAAACAGUAUGAGAAAAAAGAUGGAGAAUCUAGAAAUCUAGAAAAAAAGAGCGAAAUGGAGAGAGCGAAAGGGUGAGGAAAAAUGACACUAUUAUUAAUAAAUAAUGUGUAAUCAUGAAUGUAUCAUGCAUAAUUUCUGUAAUUGUAUUUAUAUUUAUUAUGAUUAUCACCAUAAUCCUAAUUGUUUACUUAUUUCAUAAAAAUAACUUUUAUGGUUUUGUAUUUUCACACAGGUUACAUAUCGGAUAGAAUUUCUAAAAUCUUGGCCAGUAGCUCGACUAGCCCAAAGGCUACUCGGCUCUGUAAUUAGUAAUGAUGCAACGGCGGACGUGAUUGACGUGGGUCUGUCAAAGAUGGAUUUUAAGCACUGAAAAAGGUGUCACGGACCAACGCGUUGUGGAGCCGCCGGCGUAGACGAUAAUGGAGCUGAGGGGCAUGAGAAUGAUGAGGAUGAUGAUGUUACCUUCCUACUGUGGCGAACCUAGAAGUGGUUAGAAAAAGGAACACAUUUGAAGAAUGAGUCUUGAAUCAAAGCCUACAGCAGCCUGCAUGGUGGGACCUCAAAUCCCCACCAAAGAUCAGAAAAUGAAUCAGAAAAACAGGAAGUUUUUGUAAACGUACUCUUCUGUCCUCUCUUCCCAUUGGUCCCUUACUGUUUCUGUGUUUCAUAAAACCUCAGCUCUGACCAUUCGCUCGGCUCAGACAACACAGAGGGAAGCAAAGGAACGGCAGGAUGACCUUCACUAUCCACCCACAUCUCUCGCUAAGAGAACCGAAAGUGCCUCAACGUCCUGUGGGAUCCCCCCGUCAGAUCAGAUCAGAUAGACCAAGUCCUGUACUCUCUGGUCCACUCUCCAAGACCCAAUGCUGUCCCUGGGGACCCUGACCCGACCUCAGAGUGGUACAGCAUACUUAAUUCAGAUGAUAAGUAAUGUAGUUUGUAACAUUGUAGUGCUAUGAAUGGAUCCUUGUCAAAUCUUGAAAUGCACAAGCCUAACCCAAGUUUAAAAACCUAUAUAUAUCUACAUGCUAUUGUAUGAUUCAUUGGGCAUUUUGGGUGACCAGGUAAUAACAUUCUGGCAAUGACCACCACUACCAAAAUCUGAUAGGAGUGAGUGAGAAUGGUGUGGGCAAGACAGUGACAACCUGAACUGCUACAUAUGCUUCCCCUAAAAAAAAAAAAAAGUAGGCCGGCACUCAGUUGAAUCUUCACCACCUGUUCAUUGCCUGAAUGUACUGCACAUGUGAGGGGAGAUCUUCAAGAACAGCCCACCCUACUCCACUUGUACAUCGGUUUGUAUUGUAGAUAGCUCCCUCUAUAGGCUACAUACAGCUAUUGCAUGCAAAUCCACUAAGGUCUCGAGACCAAAUCCACAAUAGGCUGAUUUGGUUAGAAAAUGUGAAAUUCAGAAAAACAGCAUGUGAAAAAAGAUGGAGAAUCUAGAAAUCUAGAAAAAAGAGAGCAGGAUGGAGGGAGUGAAGGGCGAGGAAAAAUGUCACCAUUAUUAAUAAAUAACAUGUAAUUAUGAAUGUAUCAUGCAUAAUUUCUGUAAUUGUAUUCGUAUUUAUUACGAUUAUCACCAUGAUCUUAAUUAUUUACUUAUUUCAUAAAAAUAACUUAUUAUUAUUAUCGUUUUGUAUUUUCACACAGGUUACAUAUCGGUUAGAAUUUCAAAAAUCUUGGCCAGUAGCUCGACUAGCCUAAAGGCUACUAGGCUCUGUAAUUUGUAAUGAUGCUACGGCGGACGUGAUUGACGUGCGUCUGUUGAAGAUGGAUUUUAAGCCCUGAAAAAGGUGUCACGGACCAACGCGUUGUGUUACUUCCUAUUCUGUCCAUUCCCCUAGGUGAGUGUGUCGCACAAAGUGUCACGUGAUGACGUCCGCAAAACACAAAUCUGUAACGGGGGGGUUAGGCAGAACCCAAGUGCACAGACUGCUGGUGACAGGGGAGUCCAAAGGUUUUAUUGAUCGCAAAGAUGAUCAGGGUCGGGCAGGCAGAGUAAACGGGGACAGGCAAGAGUUUGGGAACCGGCAGGCAAUCAGGUAGACUGGGGGUACCGUCGCCGGGCGGGUAGUCGGGCAGGCGAGGGGUCGAUAUCCACCAGGUACUGUACCCCACGUCCACGGCGGCGGGAGCGAAGGAGGCGCCGGACAUUGUACACCGGACCGCCGUCGACGAGCUGACGGGGAGGAGGAGGCGGAACGGGAGGAGCCAGAGUGCUCUCCUGGACGGGGUUGACUCUGGAGACAUGGAAUGUCGGGUGGAUCCUCAUGGACCCAGGGAGCCGACGGCGUACCGCCUCCGGGUUAAUGACACGAGUGAUGGGGAAGGGGCCUACAAACCUGGGGGCCAGCUUACGACUCUCCAACUUAAGGGAGAGGUUACGGUUUGAGAGCCAGACCUUGUGGCCAGUCUGGUAGACAGGGGCCGGCGUACGGCGCUGGUACGCCGGUGGAGGGUUCAACCGUCUCGUCGGGGCACUCGGGGUACUGUCGGGAGAGAGCAUCAGGCUUAACAUUACAAGAACCAGGACGAUAGGACAAGGUGAAAUUAUACAGGUCGAAAAACAGUGACCAGCGGGCCUGUCUGGAGUUGAGCCUCAUGGUGGACUGAAUAUACUCAAGGUUACGAUGAUCGGUCCAAACCACGAUCGGAACCCUGGUACCCUCUAGCCAGUGCCGCCACUCCUCCAAGGCCUCUGUUGCCAAUGUCAUAAUUUCUCUCCGAGGGGGAUGGGCGGCGAGAGAAAAAGGCUUCUUGCCCACGAAGAAGAACCCCGCCCCAGCUGGUGACGAGGAGGGUCGGAUGAUCCCCGCUGCUAAAGAAUUCUGGAUGUACUCCUCCAUGUCCUCUCGCUCGGGAGCAGAGAGGGAGCACAAGCGUCCCUUGGGGGGUGAAGUGCCUGGAAGCAGAUCGAUGGCACAAUCGUAGGGACGGUGAGGAGGCAAGGAGCUAGCCUUAGCCUUAUUGAAGGCUUCCCUCAGGUCAUGGUAAGCUGCAGGGACCCCGGAGAUGUCCGAGGCUGGGGCAGGAACGAGGGGAACAGGCGGCGGUGAAGGCGUCCUGAGGCAGGACUGCUGACAGGUCACUCCCCACUCCCGGACGGAACAAGUAGACCAGUCAAUGUCGGGGUUGUGCCUGCGAAGCCAGGAGUGACCCAAGAUGACGGCUGGCUGGGUGUAGGCAGAAGCAUGAGCUGGAUGGUCUGAGAGGGUGUGGAGGAGGCGAUGGGAGCCGACAACAGCGGCGUGCUGUACGCCCUGUGGAGCUACCAGGGGCAGGCCGCUGACGAGCUGGGCUUCAAUGAGGGGGACAUGAAGGCCCAGGGGGUGGACUGGUGGUGGGCCUCGCUCUGCGGCCGCGAGGGCUUUGUGCCCAACAACUACUUUGGGGAAGGAAGAGCUUGAACACCUUUGUUCUAGUUAUUGUCUUAAACUGCAGGCACAGAAGUUUCCACAGACUUUUUCUGUCACACCAGCUACCUCCUCUACAAACAACGCCCUGAGAGAAACAAAUGAUGAAUCUUAGAACAGCUGCAAGAGGCUUUGUAGCUUUCCUUCUGUCAGUACCAGCAUUACAGGGUAAUUAUAACUGGGAAGUUACUUACCCAUUUAGUAAUGUCUGCGCUUUGAGAGGAUCAACGGUUAACAUCAGAUGCACCUAUAAAUACCGUAGUGGACUUACAGUAGAGAAAGAACAGUGGUAUACUAAUAUACAAAAUGAGCCAGUUGAUCUGAAAGAUGAUACAGACUAUACAGGUCGUGUUGAAUACCGCUGUGGAGAGCCCAGGUGUGGGUCCUACAGCUGUACUGGAACUUGUACACUGAAAAUCGAAGACCUGACACAGAGUGACUCUGCUGAAUACAAGUUUAGGAUUACAACAAACAAAGGAGGGGCAUAUAGUGGUGUCCCUGGAGUGAGGUUAUCUGUGAUAGAUCUCCAGGUGAAAGUGGUCAUUCCUCCUACCAGGCCUAACUGGGUACGGCUGGAAUGUCACAGUCUUCAUGUGCUGUUCAAGGAUCCGAACAUCUCCCCUCUCCAUCAGUGUACGCCCCAGAGACCCCCUCAGUGGGAUGGACUCCCCCUGGUGUAAUAGAGGAGGGCAGUUCAGUGAAUCUGACCUGCACCAGCGAGGCCAACCCAGUAGCAAAGUACACCUGGACCAAGGUUACUACAGGUCAUCCCCCCGGACACAGUGACCAAGGACAACAGCUUUCCUUUCAUCCCAUCCAGUCUUCACACUCUGGACAAUAUCUCUGCAAAGCUGAGAAUGACCUAGGGACAAAAUCUUCCUCCCCAUUCUCUAUUGAUGUGAAAUAUGGGCCCAAACACACAUUUGUGAUACCAAGUCCCCCUGGUGAAAUAAUGGAGGGAGGUUCAGUGACUCUGAGCUGCAGCAGUGAUGCCAACCCAGCAGCUGACUACACCUGGUUCAAGGACAACCAACCUCUGCUCUGGGAACCAAGUCGACCUUAUACCUUGGACUCAGUCAGCUCUAAAGACAGGGGAACGUACCGCUGUCAAGCAGAGAACCAAUAUGGAUAUCUGGGCUCCAACUCGGUUUUCAUAGAUGUCCUGUACGCUCCAAAGACCCCCUCAGUGAGCGUGAGACCCCCUGGUGAAAUAAAGGAGGGAGGUUCAGUGACUCUGAGCUGCAGCAGUGAUGCCAACCCAGCAGCUGACUACACCUGGUUCAAGGACAACCAACCUCUGCUCUGGGAACCAAGGCGACCUUAUACCUUGGACUCAGUCCGUUCUAAAGACAGGGGAACGUACCACUGCCAAGGAGAGAACCAAUAUGGAUAUCUGGGCUCCAACUCGGUUUUCAUAGAUGUCCUGUACGCUCCAAAGACCCCCUCAGUGAGCGUGAGACCCCCUGGUGGAAUAAAGGAAGGCGGUUCAGUGACACUGAGCUGCAGCAGUGAUGCCAACCCAGCAGCUGACUACACCUGGUUCAAGGACAACCAACCUCUGCUCUGGGAACCAAGUCAACCUUAUACCUUGGACCCAGUCAGCUCUAAAGACAGGGGAACGUACCACUGCCAAGCAGAGAACCAAUAUGGAUAUCUGGGCUCCAACUCGGUUUUCAUAGAUGUCCUGUACGCUCCAAAGACCCCCUCAGUGAGCGUGAGACCCCCUGGUGGAAUAAAGGAAGGCGGUUCAGUGACUCUGAGCUGCAGCAGUGAUGCCAACCCAGCAGCUGACUACACCUGGUUCAAGGACAACCAACCUCUGCUCUGGGAACCAAGUCAACCUUAUACCUUGGACCCAGUCAGCUCUAAAGACAGGGGAACGUACCACUGCCAAGCAGAGAACCAAUAUGGAUAUCUGGGCUCCAACUCGGUUUUCAUAGAUGUCCUGUACGCUCCAAAGACCCCCUCAGUGAGCGUGAGACCCCCUGGUGGAAUAAAGGAAGGCGGUUCAGUGACUCUGAGCUGCAGCAGUGAUGCCAACCCAGCAGCUGACUACACCUGGUUCAAGGACAACCAACCUCUGCUCUGGGAACCAAGUCAACCUUAUACCUUGGACCCAGUCAGCUCUAAAGACAGGGGAACGUACCACUGCCAAGCAGAGAACCAAUAUGGAUAUCUGGGCUCCAACUCGGUUUUCAUAGAUGUCCUGUACGCUCCAAAGACCCCCUCAGUGAGCGUGAGACCCCCUGGUGAAAUAAAGGAGGGAGGUUCAGUGACUCUGAGCUGCAGCAGUGAUGCCAACCCAGCAGCUGACUACACCUGGUUCAGGGACAACCAACCUCUGCCCUGGGAACCAAGGCGACCUUAUACCUUGGACCCAGUCCGCUCUAAAGACAGGGGAACGUACCGCUGCCACGCAGAGAACCAAUAUGGAUAUCUGGGCUCCAACUCGGUUUUCAUAGAUGUCCUGUACGCUCCAAAGACCCCCUCAGUGAGCGUGAGACCCCCUGGUGAAAUAAUGGAGGGAGGUUCAGUGACUCUGAGCUGCAGCAGUGAUGCCAACCCAGCAGCUGACUACACCUGGUUCAAGGACAACCAAUCUCUGCUCUGGGAACCAAGGCGACAUUAUACCUUGGACCCAGUCCGCUCUAAAGACAGGGGAACGUACCGCUGCCACGCAGAGAACCAAUAUGGAUAUCUGGGCUCCAACUCGGUUUUCAUAGAUGUCCAGUACGCUCCAAAGACCCCCUCAGUGAGCGUGAGACCCCCUGGUGGAAUAAAGGAAGGCGGUUCAGUGACUCUGAGCUGCAGCAGUGAUGCCAACCCAGCAGCUGACUACACCUGGUUCAAGGACAACCAACCUCUGCUCUGGGAACCAAGUCAACCUUAUACCUUGGACCCAGUCAGCUCUAAAGACAGGGGAACGUACCACUGCCAAGCAGAGAACCAAUAUGGAUAUCUGGGCUCCAACUCGGUUUUCAUAGAUGUCCUGUACGCUCCAAAGACCCCCUCAGUGAGCGUGAGACCCCCUGGUGGAAUAAAGGAAGGCGGUUCAGUGACUCUGAGCUGCAGCAGUGAUGCCAACCCAGCAGCUGACUACACCUGGUUCAGGGAACAUGGAGGCUCAGUGGGGGAAUUAGGAGAGAACUACACCAUCAGUAACAUCACAACUGAGCUUGGAGGAAAUUAUUACUGUGAAGCUCGUAAUGCAGUUGGACUUCAGAAUUCAACUUUGAUGUUCCUUAAUGUGACAGCCACACCAUCGUCAUCAUCAUCAGGGACUACAACUGUGGCAGCAGGAACUGUAGCUGUUUUACUGGCAUCCAUACUCCUCAUCAUCUUCCUCUGGAUGAGAAGAAAGAGGGCUUCUAGGAAAGCGCGUGGCCAGGGAGGAAGGCCAGAUACCAGGCAGGAGUCUCCUCCGUGUCCUGUGUAUGACAACGUCUCAGCUCUGACCAAUCGCUCGGCUUCUGCUGCACAGAGAGAACCAAUAGAAGAGCAGGAUGACCCUCACUAUGCCAGCAUCCACAUCUCUCGCUCUAAGAACCAGGAAGUGGCUGGUGGGUUUGCUGGUUCUCUGGUAGAGUCUGAUCAUACAGAGCAGGUCCUUUACUCUGCCAUCAACCUUAAAAGACCCAAGGCUGUCCCUGACGACAGUAAACUGAUGUCAGAGUUGUAUACCACCAUCAAAUAUAUGUCCCAGAAAAUGCAUUAUUUUUAAAUAGAUUCAGCUUUAAAUGGGUUUUAAUACAAUUUCUAGCAAUACAAUUGUAUGUUAUUGUCAUAAUCUUCGUUCAGCAUUUGUAUAGUUUGUUUUGUUUGUUAGUCACUAAGAAUAUUCUUCUUGCCAGAAAAAAAACGCUUGCUAUCAUAAUUGCUUUGUUGGAUGAUGUGGGAGCCGCAAUCACUGAUAACCAAACAUGGUUCACAUUUAUUUUAUUCUCAGUGGAAAAUGUAAUAUUACGUGUGUUUCGGCAUUAGGGUCAAAUGUGUUUGAAAACAUGUCUCGCGAGAAGUGUGCUUUUUAUUAUCAUAAUCUUCUUUCAGUGCUUGUAUAUGAUGUUUAGUGAGUAAGUUAAACUGCUUAUGGUGUUUUUCAUGCUUCCAGGCUAUGUUCUGUUUAAGAAAUAACCUAAAUGAUACAUAAAAACACGUAUUUGAAAAAUGUGGAAACAUG